AUGGCUUCCAAAGAAGCAACAGUAUACAUAGUAGAUCUCGGCCCUUCCACGGGCGAAACCAGCCAUGGCCGUUCGAAGACUAAUCUGGACUGGUCCCUGGAGUACAUCUGGGAUCGCAUAACAGCCACUGUCGCCACCGGAAGGAAGACUGCCAUGGCUGGUGUGCUCGGCCUUAGGACAAGCGGAACCAAGAAUAUCUUGGACAGCGAUGACGACUAUGCACAUAUAACAGUCUUCCGAGAGAUCGGCCAAGUACUGAUGCCGGAUGUUAGACGCCUGCGAGAUGACCUCGUGGUCUCAAAAGGCAACAUGGAGGGCGGCGAUGCAAUUUCGGCGAUCGUGGUUGCGAUCCAGAUGAUCGUCAACGAGUGCAAGAAGCUAAAGUACGAGCGGAAGAUCGUGCUGGUCACUGAUGUACGAGGACCGAUGCAGGCCGACGGACUAGGGGAUAUCGUGGCGAAGCUGAAAGAAGACAGUAUUCAGCUCGUUGUUCUCGGAGUUGACUUCGACGACGCCGAAUAUGGAUUCAAGGAGGAGAGCAAAGAUCCGACCAAAGCAGAGAACGAAGCUGUGUUAAAGCAGUUGUGCGAAGACUGUGAGGGCACCUUUGGCACGUUGGUACAAGCUGUGGAUGAAUUGGGCACUCCGAGAGUGAAGAGUGUUAAGCCUGUGCCUAAUUAUCGGGGUCUGCUGACACUAGGAGAUCCCACUCAGUACGAUACAGCGCUAUCGAUAGAUGUAGAGAGGUAUCCCAAGACCAUGAUCGCGGCUGCUCCAUCGGCGAGUAAGUUUGUUGUCAGACAGGGAGACAUGGGUGCAAGUCAGGCCACUAUUGUGAAAGAUGGUGAAGGAGUUCCAAGUGCAGAUGGCUUGACAGCCGUCAAGAACGCAAUGACCUACCAGAUUGAAGACCCGGAAGCGCCGGGUGGAAAGCAAGACGUGGAUCGAGACGAGUUAUCGAAGGGCUACGAAUACGGACGCACAGCAGUGCACAUCUCGGAAUCAGAUCGCAACGUUACAAUGUACGAGACCACACCAGGCUUCGAUAUUAUCGGGUUCGUGGACAAAAAUCAGUAUGAACGCUACCUGGACUGCAACCGCGGCAGCAUUAUUAUCGCGCAGCGAAGCAAUGACAAAGCAUGUAUGGCUCUUUCCUCCUUCAUCCAAUCCCUGUACGAACUGGAAUCCUAUGCUGUGGCCCGGAUAGUACCAAAGGAGAAUCGCGAACCACGGAUCGUACUUCUAGCGCCCAACAUAGAGCCAGAGUUCGAAUGCCUCUACGAUAUAGAGCUGCCUUUUACAGAAGACAUGCGGAGCUACAAGUUCCCACCAUUGGACAAAGUGAUCACAGUCUCCGGCAAAGAGCUCAGUGUCCAUCGAAACCUCCCCUCAGACGAAUUACUGGACGCCAUGAGCGACUACGUCGAUAACAUGGAUCUCUCAACGUUCAGCAAAGAUGACAAAGGUCACGACACGGAGUGCAUGCCCAUGGACGAGACAUACUCUCCCAUGCUGCACCGCCUUCACCAGGUAAUCAAACACCGUGCAGUCUUCCCCGACUCCGAACCGCCACCACCUUACGAGAUUCUGACACGCUUCUCGCAUCCUCCUGCAGAACUCGUAGAAAAGGCACAGCCAGCAAUCGAGUGCUUGAAAGAAGCAGCCAACGUAAAGAAAGUCCCUCCCAAAGCCCGAGGCAAACGCUACGGAAGUGGCAAGAAAGAUGCGCCAAAACCGCUCUCUGAUCUAGACGUGGGUGCUCUGCUAGCACAAGAUCCCAAGCUGAAGCGGUCCGGACAGAAGAUCGACCCGCGGAACGCUAUUCCGGAAUUCAGACAACGAAUAGCAGAUGCGGCGUCUGAGGGUACAGACUUUGACGAGACAAUAGGUGACGCUUGUAAGCAGAUGCAUAAGGUUAUCCUCGACAAGAUACGGCAUUCCGUGGGUAGUGCCAAUUACGAAGAGGUGGUGGAAUGUCUACGGGUGCUGAGAGAGGAGGUGAACGAAUUCGAGGAUCUAAGCUUGUAUCAUGACUUCCUGCGGGAGCUGAAGGUGAAGCUUUUGGAGACAGAGGAGUUGGGUGAGGGCAGACAGGAGUUGUGGUAUAAGGUCCGUGUCAACCGGCUUGGGUUGAUUGUGAGUGAAGGGGUGCCUGGGAGUGUGAGUGAGGAGGAGGCGAGGAAGUUCCUGCUUGUCGGUAGAUGA